CUCAACUCUCACUAAGAACUUUGCUCACACACUUGCACUAAAGCACAUUAGUAUACCAGAAGGAGCAAGUAAUGCUGUUUGUCUUACUUUUCUUGUCUGCUCACAAGUAUAAAAGAGCAGUCGUUUCAGGGAUCAUCAGCAUUUCGAAUACAUCGUCUUCAGAUGCCAAUUUUCUUUUGUUUCUCAAUUCAGAAAGGCACCUGAUCAGGCUCCCCCUUCACUUUUGCCAUGAGCUUAACCGGGUUUGAAAAGCGCUAUAUACAUUUACCAGUGUCUACCGAAGAAGAUUUUCUAAUAAGAAAGAUCCUUAUGACCCAUGACCCUGAUGGUCGUCAGCUGGAUGCUCAGCAAUUGCUUCGUGCUGUGAAGAAUAUUAUCCAUCGUGCUAGUCCUGUAUCAGAAGCUGAUUGUCAUCAAGAAAAUGUGGCCGUAUGGGAUGCUGAUGCAAUUGGAUUACAUGAUUCGCUGGGAUACACCAUCUUUAAAAUCUCACAUGAGGUACUGAGCAGAUGCUUUGAAGGAGGGGAUAUACACACAAAGACAAUGUCCUUAUUUGACAUGUUAGGGAAAUUUAGAUGGGAUGCAAAAGUAGUUCUAGUUGUUGCAGCAUUCUUCACAAAUUAUGGUGUAUGGCAGCUCCAAGUGCAGCUUCAAUCCCGUAAUCCCUUGGCAGCGCUAGUUGCGUUACUUAGACAAGUGCCAUCAGACUUGAGUGGGUUCAGGGCGCAAUUUAAGGCAUUUACCCUGUUAGUAAAGACCGUCAUGGAGUUGACAGAAGUUAUCAUUGAAUUUGAAAGCCUGCCUUUGCAACAAGAACUUUUGGAGUACAAGGUCAUAUCUGCUGUGAAGUCAAAAAUCUACUUGGGCAGCUACUGGAUUUUUAGGAGUUCAUUGGCAUGUUUUUCUCUCAUUGCAGACUUGAGAACCAGAAAGCAGGACCAAGUGAAUUCAAAUUCUAUAGCAAUUGCAGCAUGGACUAUGCGCAAUUUAGUCUACAAAUUGAGCGCAUUGUGCUGCGACUUGAGAGAGCAGGUCAAACUGUGCCAUCAGCAAAUAGAUUCAAGGUUGUAUGAGAAACUACCAAAUCUAUUCAAUCAGAUUCAUGUCGAUAACCAAGAAAAGCUGAAGAUGCUAAUUGCUUCUGGGGAUAACUUCCCAUUGAUGGAUUGUUUAUCAAAAGAAAAGCAUAGCCUCUCUGAACUGAAAAAUAAGGUGGUCAUCCUUCUAAUAUCAAAGCCUGAGCUCCUCCCUAUUGAGAAAAUCUUCCUGCUGGUGCAUCAGACAUACGAUCAUCCCCACCAGGAGAAAAUUGGAGGGAGCUAUGUUGUUUUAUGGGUUCCACUCUCAUCUUCACAUGGUUGGAGUCACGCAGAUAAAAUCAGUUUUCAAUUUCUAUCAGGUUCCUUGCCAUUUUGGUCAUUAAAGCAGCCAGGGUUACUAAAUUCAGCAGUUGUCAACUUCAUCAUACAAGAAUGGAACUUCAAAGAGGAGGCCAUGAUGGUUGUAUUGGAUACUAAUGGCAUGAUCACAAAUUCAAAUGCAAUGGACAUGAUAUGGAUCUGGGGUGCCAAAGCAUUUCCAUUUUCAAUUUCUAGAGAGAAAGAGCUCUGGGAAGUGGAGAAGUGGACACUACAGCUCAUGAUUGAUGGUAUUGAUCCUUUAUUGACCAAUUGGAUCGAGGAAGGUAAAAAUUUCUGCAUUUUUGGAAGUGGGAACGCAGAUUGGAUCAGAAAUUUCAGUUCCAAAAUCAAGGAAGUUAGUAACACAGAACUUCAGCUGGAGGUGAUUUAUGUUGGCUGGAGGAGUCCAACUGAAAAAUUACAAAGCAUUUUACGUAUAAUCGAACAAGAAAACUUGUGUACAUAUCUCACAUUCACAAAGAUUCGUUUCUUUUGGCUGCGAUUGGAGAGUAUGAAAAGUUUGACUAGUCGCCAAGAAAACAAUGAUGAUGAUAUGUCGAAAGAGAUACUGGGAUUGUUGGAAGUUGACGACAGUGACGAUGGAUGGGUGCUCAUUGGGACAGGAUCUUUGCCAGGCCUGAUAAAGCUUCAAGGACAGAAAGUUACAGAAUUCUUUGAUCUUUUCCCCGUCUGGGCUGAAAAUUUAGGGACUAUGGGAAUAGUGGGUGCUAUUAAAAGUGCCCUUGAGCCUACCCUUUCCACAGGACCUUGCGAUCAUGCUGAAAUUCUUGCAUUCAAUGAGGGAUUGUUAAAGGGGCCUGUGUUCUGUGCAGUAUGUAAACGCCUGAAGGAGAAGUAUGUACUCUACAAAUGUGAUGCAACUGAAUAGAAAGUUGCAAAAUUUCCAGUCAUUUAACCAUAUAAAAUAGGAUGAUCAGCAUGUCAGGGGGAUAAGCAAGUAGCAACCAAAGAAAAUGAACUGUCCAUGCUAAUAUUACUACUAAUAACUUAUCCUUGUUAUGGUCUAUAUCCUUGCUUUUCUGGUAAAACACAUUCAGAUUUUUGGGAA